UCAGCGUUUUAAUAUUUAAUUGUCGUCGAUCGCGAGCGGUUGUCAUUGCUCGAGAGCCCCACUGAAAUAGUGGAAUUGCCAUUUGAAUUGCACGACCAUACCGUUACCGUUAAUCGCGAAGUGAUCCGCGGAAUUUCUCAAGAAAGCCACAGAAUACUUGAGUCGCGAAACGCAUUUUUGUUCAGUGAUCUCGUUUGUUUUUUUUUGUUGAGUGUGGAGAAACAACCAUGAUUCCCUGGACCGUUGCCAGCCUGGCCCUCGUACUAGUCCUGUGGCCCGUGGAUAUAUCCUCGCGCAGCUAUAGCAACGGGCUGAUCUUCUACGAGCUGAAGUCCCACCAGCCCUACCUGCCGCCCACGGUCAGUGUGUCGAGGGGUCGCAAUCUGGCCAGCGUCAAGUACUCGGAGAAGGGCUCCAUUUGGUCCACCUUCGGGCAGCCCUGCGAGUGCAGCGGACCCACUUGCGGCUGCUGCGCCGGUCUCAAGGUGGAUCAGUACCGCUUCGACCAGAAAGUGUGCGCCAAUGUGAGCUUCGUUCCCCAUCUGGAGGAGGCCCAACUGGAGGUCUAUCUGAACGGCAAGCCCUCCUCGAAGUACGGCAUCUCGGUGCGAAAUCCGGCGCCCUUCUGCAUUCCCGUCAUGAUGGGCGUUCCCAUGGCCAUGUGCGUCCAGAUGACCGACGUCACAAUGGUUGGGAACAACCUGAAUAUGUGCAUGGACUUUGUGGUGCGACUGGCCACCACCGAUCUCUUCGAGAUGCAUUUCCAGUGCAUGAGAAUGGGUCUCGAUGGUCUGCAGUACGUCGACAAGAACGGCAAUCCCGUUUUGCCAGCUGAGAGUGGCCAAGGUGACGAUCCCGAGGAGUACGAGUACGCAGAGCUGGAGGAUCAGCCGGAAGAGUAUCCCUCGCAGGAGGAGGAAGUCAAGGGAGAGGCACACACCCAAUCCCAUCCAGAGCAGAAUCCUCCUCAGAAGAACCCACUACUGACCACUGAAAAGGAAAAUGAGGCGGGUUACCCAUCGCUGAUUAUUCAACCCGAGGAAAACCAAGCACAGGAGAGCUAUCAACCCCCGAAAAAUCAAACACUGAUCGAAGCGAUAAAACAGGACCAGCCUGAGGAGGAGAAGGAUACACAAAAUGAUGAUCAAGGUUAUCAACCUCUCGUUCACAUAGAGCAAACUGUGGAGCAUAAACCAUAUCAGGAGAGUCAACCAGAGAAGACAAACGAAGCUCCCUUCGAGAAAGAUCAACUGAUUGGUUAUCAACCCCAGAUCGCAAUGGAACCCCAGAAGAAUCACCCCAAGGAAGAAUCUCCUUCAGAAGACCAUCAAAAAGAGGAGGACAAUCAGGAAACUGAAGAUCACCAGGAGGACGAAGAAAUUGAAGAGGUGGAGCCCCUGCCGAUCGAAAGUGAAAUGCUUAUGGCCGGGGAUACGGCAGAAGAAGCACCUCUCGAAGAAGAGGCCGAAGAAAUGCCAACAGAAGACGCGAAAGAGACGGAAGCCGCGGCGGAGAAAGAAAACGAGACGGAGCAAAACACACCUGACAAUGCCAAUGGUUAUAGCGAGAGUGGCUCGAGGCCAAGUCAGGUAAUUGAAACAAUUACCAAUUCAAUAAAAGCCACUGAAGCGCCCACAACAACAACCACUAAAAUGCCCACAACAACAACAACAAAAAUACCAAAAACAACGACGACAUUUAACAAGCCAAACAUCGUUGUUAUCGAUGACACGAACAAUGGCGAGAAGACAGCAGCUGAAGAAGAGGACGAAGGUGAGAAGACUGCAGAAGAGGCGAAGAAAGAGGCGGAGACAGGUGAGGCGGAGGGGACAGAAGAAGAAGAGGAAGAAGAAGAAGAUGAAGCAGAAACCGAAGAAGAGGCGACAACACUGGCCGGCGAAAUGGAAAACGAUAGCGAUAAUGAGAUAAACGUGGACGAUGAUGAUGAUGAGGUAGAGAAAAAACUCGAGGUGAAGGAACCCCCAAGCCAUUUGGUAAAGGGGGAGAAGCUAAAGGAAGAGCCGUUAAAAGAGGGGGCGGGAGAAACAGUGCAAAAGGCGGAGAAAGAGCCUGAGGAAGAGGUUAAGACAGGUCACGAAGAAAAGGUCAAGCCAGAGAUCACCGAAGACACAGCCUCCGAGGAAGAAGAAGGCGAAGAGGCAGCAGAAACCGAUAAUGGAGAAGGAGAGAAAGACGAAAACAACGAUGAAGAGGAAGAGGAGGAGGACGAGAAUGGGGAUGAGGACUAUGCCGAGGAGGAAAAAGACGACGAAAUUGGAAAUGGGGCUGCAGAAGAAUCCGCAGAUGCAGCAAAACCCGAAGAAAGCGAUGUGAAAACUGAUGAAAACAGCCAUGGCUAUGGAAAUCCAUACACCAAUGUAAAUGAAAAUACAUACGCGACGCCGGCAUCGAAGUCGUUGUCCCGACAUCGCCGUUUUCGCAGCCGCCGCCUGCCACGCCCCCCGAGGAAAACCAUUAGCCCCUCCUUAACUUAAUUUACUCGUAAUUCGUAAUUGUUAAUGAAUUGUUAAUGCUAAACGUUGAAGCCUGUUAAUUAAUACUUAUUUAUUGUAUUUAUUGAAACCAACUCAAAG